AUGAUGGACCGCGACCGCAACAAGACGCUGCUGCUGGAGCUGCAGAGAGCUGCCGGCACCGGGAACGGCCGCUGCGCUGACUGCGGGGAGCCAGAUCCAGAGUGGGCUUCUUACAAACUUGGAAUAUUCAUUUGUUUGAAUUGCUCUGGAAUCCAUCGCAAUCUUCCUCAGAUCAGCAGGGUCAAAUCCCUCCGGCUCGACUUCUGGGAGAAUGACCUUAUAGAGUUUAUGAAGAAGCAUGGGAAUCUCUGUGCCAAAGAUAAAUACGAGGCCAAAGUCCCUCCCUACUAUUACAUCCCCCAGUCCUCUGACUGCUUGGUUUUAAAAGAGCAAUGGAUUAGAGCUAAAUAUGAGCGUGAGGAAUUUGUUGCCACCCGAGUCUGCCAAGAUCCUUGUUCUGCAGGCAGCCGUGAAGGAUUCCUCUGGAAGCGUGGGCGCGAGGGCAGGCAGUUCCAGAAGAGACUAUUUCUCCUCUCAGCAAGGGAAGGCUUGAUGAAGUACUACACCAAAGAGUCCAGAGGUCCAAAAGCCAUUAUCAGCAUUGAGACUCUGAAUGCAAUGUUCCAGACAGAGAAAAUUCAUCAUGCUCAUGGGCUGCAGAUCACAUACAACACAGAUGGUCAAACAAGGAACCUUUUUGUCUAUCAUGAAAGUGGAAAGGAGAUUGUUGACUGGUUCAAUGCCAUUCGGGCAGCACGUUACCACUAUCUCAGAACAACCUUCCCAACUGUUCCUGAGCCUGAGCUCAUACCCAGGAUCACAAGGAAGUAUGUCAAAGAAGGAUAUAUGGAGAAAACAGGACCAAAACAGAAGGAGGCCUUUAAGGUGCGCUGGUUCUGCCUGGAUGGUCAAGAAAGGAAACUGAUGUACUUUAAAAAUCCCCUGGAUGCAUUUGCACAGGGCCAGGUGUUUAUUGGAAACAGGGAUGAGGGAUAUGAAGUUCGAGCUGGCUUGCCCCAGGCAGUGCGUGUGAAGAAGACGAAACCAGGCAUCACUGUGGUGACCCCAGGGAGAGAGUUUGUGUUCAUCUGUGAGAAUGACAGGGAGCAGAGGGAGUGGAUCAAUGCCUUCAGUGGAGUCAUGGCCCAGCCUCUGACUGGUUAAGACUAGCCCAUGAGUUCUGGUGAAGUGCA